UCCGUGCGCCACCGCCGAUAGUAAAUAAGCAGUGCGCGCAUGCCGUCGAUAUACACAGUCUGUCUCUCUCGCGUAUAUAUCACCAACACACUUGUGCACAUCGUGUGUCGGAGGCAGUGGCGUACGUGACGACGCGAACGACGGAGGCUGGGACAGGCCAAGCUGAUCGAUGAGUAUCCGGUAAUCGCAGCCGCGUUAUGGCCGACGAGCCCGGUGCAGCACAGGCCACCACGGCCCAGCAGCAGCCUCAUAAACGACAAUUGAGGGAGAGAACAAGGAAAUUCUAUACAGAUGAUUGGGCUUACGCAGAUGAAGUUUUUGAGGGGAGAAGAGGUUUCCAGGUGGAAGAUAAAAUCACAAGUGACAAAUACAACUUGGACAAUUUUAAUGGCUUGGUUCGAGAGAUGACAGGUUCUGACCUCACAGUUGCAUACAUACAGAAACAUGGAUUUGGUGUUCCUCUUAUAAUAAGGGAAAAAAGUGGACUUGGCAUAAGAGUACCAAGCACAAAUUUCACUGUAAAUGAUGUUAGAACGUGUGUUGGUUCUAGAAGACUCCUGGAUGUUAUGGAUGUCAAUACUCAGAAGAAUGAAGAGAUGUCUAUGAAGGAAUGGCAAAAGUAUUACGAAGAUGAAAACAAGUCUAGAUUAUUAAAUGUGAUCUCACUUGAAUUUAGUCAUACCAAAUUAGAAAAUUAUGUACAGUCACCGACAUUUGUCAGGCAGAUCGAUUGGGUCGAUACUGUUUGGCCUAAGCACUUAAAAGAAUCCCAAGUAGAGUCAACCAAUUUAUUAGAAGAUAUGAUGUAUCCCAAGGUACAGAAAUAUUGCCUUAUGUCUGUCAAAGGCUGUUACACUGAUUUCCAUGUAGACUUUGGUGGAACAAGCGUUUGGUAUCACAUUCUAAAAGGUGGAAAAAUUUUUUGGCUCAUUCCACCAACAGAAAAGAACCUGUCUCUGUAUCAACAGUGGGUUUUGAGUGGAAAACAAUCUGAUGUUUUCUUUGGCGAUAUGGUCGAUAAAUGUGGUAGAAUUACCUUACAAGCUGGGAUGACUAUGUUCAUUCCAACAGGAUGGAUUCAUGCAGUGUAUACACCAGAUGAUUCUCUAGUAUUCGGUGGUAAUUUUUUACACAGUUUUGGUAUAGAUAAGCAAUUACGAGUAGCUCAAGUAGAAGAACAAACUAAAGUCCCACACAAGUUUCGAUAUCCCUUCUUCACAGAAAUGCUCUGGUAUGUACUUGAAAGAUAUGUUCAUGUUCUACUAAGGCGUAGUCACUUGGAUAUAAAUGAAACUCAAAAUCAGCACAUAGUCCCAGAAAACUCGAAACACGUUCAUUUAACGCCACUUGAACUUCACGGUCUGAAGUCUAUAGUUAUGUACCUGCAUUCUUUGCCAUCAACGAAGAAAAACGUUCCAGAAUUAAUAAAGGAUCCGGUAGCUUUAAUCCACGAUGUUCGUUGCAUCGUAGAGCAACACAGACAUGACAAUCCUGAAUUAGCGGUGACUGGUUUUCCAGUUUUGCCUCCGCCACCAGCUCUAACGAUAUCAGACAGAGAUAAGCUGAGCUUUGGCAGGAAAAAACUGGUGAGGCCGCCAUUACAUGAAAGAUCUGACAGAUCAUCAGGACCACGAAGAAGACGAACACGUUGUAAGAAGUGUGAAGCGUGCACAAGGACCGAUUGUGGCGAGUGUGUGUACUGUCAGGAUAUGGUGAAAUUCGGUGGAAGUGGACGAGCCAAGCAGACGUGUAUGAUGAGGCAAUGUUUGAGGCCAAUGCUUCCCGUAACUGCUGCUUGUAAAGUUUGUAAAUUAGAUGGUUGGGGGCAACAUCCAGCUCCACUCAUGGGAAAACAAGGUCCCACUGUACCUUCAACUCUAUUAGAAUGUUCGAUUUGUUUUGAAAUUGUGCAUCCUCAGUGUACUGGGCACGAUUUACAAAGCAUUGUCGUCAACGAUGAUGUACCUAAUAGCUGGGAGUGUUUUGAUUGUUGUGAGAGUGGAAGGAAUGCAAAGCCUAGGCAACCCAAAGCAAGGGGACGAAAGUUAUCAGUUUCCAGUUCAACGUCAUCUCUUCACAUGCCCGAUUCGGAGUCGGCAAUGACACCUAUCAAAAAAAUUAAAAACGAAUCUAACGAGAGUUGGAAUGAUCAAGAAGUAGCGGAAGGUCAUCAACGAAUGUACUCCCAAAAUUCGGUCAAUCAUAGUAAUCAGAUAUCGCAACAAUCACAAGUUAUUAAUCGAAGCGUCAUUAUGAAGAAUCAGUUCGUAAAUGUACAUCCAGCCCAAACAGCACCGAAUAACCAUCGUUCGAACGACACUCAUGGACAACCACAUGUAUAUAACAAAACCAUCGUUCUGUCAGUGUUUAAGUAUUUGUCCAACAAGGAUCUUGUUAAUUGUGCCUGCGCGUGUAGGACUUGGGCUCGGUAUAGCCUCGAUCCGAGUUUGUGGCGAACUGUUGAUUUGUCGAAUAAUCUCCUGACGGCAGCUCAUCUCUCAGGUAUCACUCAUCGGCAGCCAGAAACGCUUAUUCUCGAUUGGACUAACGUUGCAAAGAAACAAUUAGCUUGGCUGCUUAGCCGAUUACCUCAGCUCCGAAAUCUCUCACUCAAGCGUUGUCACUGGGCUGGCGUUUGCGCUUUAAAUACUUAUGCCUGUCCUACCCUGACGUCCCUCGAUUUAAGUUACGUUGUCGGUUUUAACGACUCAAGCCUAAGAGAAAUUCUUAGUCCUCCAGAUGACUCUAGGCCUGGCCUGAUAGAUAAGACUCCACGAUUGAAGUACCUACGAAGUUUAUCUUUAAGUGGCUGUGACAUAUCUGACGUGGCAUUGCGAUAUAUAGCUCAACACCUCCCGCACCUAGAAGUACUCAAUUUAUCUGGAUGCCUGAGGAUAACAGAUGCAGGUAUAGCACAACUCACAUCACCUCCAGCGGGAACCAUUGGUACACUCGAUUCGUUGAAUGUGUCUGGCUGUCGAUUAUUAACCGAGCUAAGUCUUGAUUAUCUGGCCAAGUGUCAAGCUUUAAAACACUUGGACAUGAGCAAUACGGCACAAGUGUCAACGCAGAAGGUUGCUAUAUUCUCCAGCAUGAGUCGCGUUACAUCAUUGCUUGUCGACACCACCAACAUGGGAAUUCAACAUCGCAGAGAGGCCAUAUGAAACUCG